UUAGAACCUCCCAGACGGUUUUGCAAAUCCAUCCGCGCGGGGAACUUCAGCUACUAGCGGUGGGAUUCCGGGCAGGUUCGACGGCUGAACAUAAUUUUAGCUGAGCAUAGGAGCUGGUUACUGGUGCCACGGUGCUGCCGGCGAGUGGUAGCUUUCCACUGCGGCGGUUUUUUGCAGCCGCGACUGUCUGCACAUGUGCUGCGGUGCGGGCCGGCCCAAAUCUGCCCGCUCCAGCGACCUAAAGCUCUCUUCGGCGCUGGGGAGUAUGGCAACAGAGUCAUCAGAAGGAGAAGAGGAAGGAAAGCUAAUGGCGGCUAAUCAACACCUGGUGGUUGAUGAUGACCUACGUGAGAUGGCCAAGAAGGCCGCUUGGAGUGUUAGCUCCUACAAGCCCGGCAAUGGUGUCCUCUUCCUAUGUGACAACAACCUUGACACCUAUUGGCAAUCAGAUGGUGUGCAGCCUCAUUUGGUUAAUAUUCAAUUUCAAAAGAAAGUUAAGCUACAGCUAGUUGUCCUCUAUGUGGAUUUCAAGCUUGAUGAGAGCUACACGCCUAGUAAGGUCUCUAUUCGUGCUGGUGAUGGCUUCCACAACUUGAGGGAAAUAAAAACUGUAGAACUUGUCAAGCCAACUGGUUGGGUUUAUAUAUCCUUAUCUGGAAAUGAUCCUCGGUCCUAUGGGGAACUAUGCCUAGCUUACUACGGGGUUGGGAUUAGACUUUUGGGAGUGGUAGACAGUGCUGGGAAACAUUUGUUAACACUUUCAUGUUGCAAAUUGCUGUAUUGUCCAACCACCUCAAUGGGAGGGACACACACGUGCGCCAAAUUAAAAUUUAUGGCCCCCAGCCGAACCCUAUUCCACAUCAACCAUAUCAGUUCACUUCGAGAGAGUUCACUAUGUACUCUUUGGUGAGAUGAGGACAGUGAAGACUUGUGCUGUUAAACCAGCCAGAGCCAAUAGAGGGCUGUGAGAUUCCGGAUGGCAUUCCCUAUUAACUUUGUAGCUGUGAUCACAAUUCAUACCGUAGCUAGUUAUGUCGAUUAUCAAUAUAAAAUUGUUUGAUAUUUGUCUGUUACUUUCUUCUGUGGCCCAUGUCAUUUGUGAGAAACGUGUGAAUGUAUAUGUUUUUGUUUUUUUGGGUUAAGAAUCCGUCUUGCUGUUUGUGGUGCAUGAGAAUCAUAGCUUUGUGUUUAAAAUUAAGAAGCAGAACAAGGCAGGGUGGGGAGGCUAGGUCCCUACAUCUUUAAACUAGUGCUCAUGCAUCACUGACUUGAGAUUUUUCUAGCCCUAUAUUUGGGAGAAACAUAUUUAGAUUUGUGUGGAUUUUAAAAAGAUGUAAUAUAAAAUUAUGUAAGUCUUCUCUAAA